AUGGCUCCAAAAGGCCACCGGCAUGGUCCUUCAAGUAGUAUGUUUGCUCAGAUUACUGAGCCCAUACCUCUCCCUACUCGCUUUGCCCGAAUCAAGAGAGAUUUGAUUGAGGGUAAAGAUUCUCAGAUCAAGAGUUCCUGGAUAAGACUGCUUGUCAAGUUAAACACUGAAAUCGAUAUCAUCGCCAAAGCCGGUUCGGAUAUCUACCCAUCUAUUGAUUUUAACGAUCUCAAAGACUCUUCAGUUGCAGACGACUUUUCCUCAAGACUAAAGGAACGAGGUGUUGCUGUUGUUCGGAAUGUGAUUCCUCAUGAUCUGGCUACGAAAUGGAAGGCAGAUACGGACGCUCACUUGGGGGACCUUCAGGCGCAACGAUUGCCCACCCAUGAUCCGCAUCUGUACGGAGUUUACUGGUCUCCUGGGCAGAUCAAGUCUCGAGCCCAUCCGAACAUUCUCUAUACCCAACGUUUCCUAAUGAAUUUAUGGCACUCGUCUGACCCGGAAGCACUUGUGAGCCCCAAUUUCCCCAUCAGCUACGCCGACCGCAUGAGGGUCAGGAGACCCGAGGAUGAGACAUGUUCCCUCAGUGUAUAUGUUGACGGAGGAAGCGUGGAGCGCUGGGAGCCGGAUGGCUAUGGUUCAGCAGCGACUUAUCAACGCAUCUGGGAUGGCCGUUGGGAGGACUGGGAUCCGUGGGAGAGCAGCACUCGACUAAAAGUGACAAGCGAUUUAUACAAUGGUGACGGCUCAUGCAGCGUUUUCCGCAUGUUUCAGGGCUGGGUCGCUCUGAGUGAAGUUCCUUUUGGUCAUGGUACCCUUCUCUUGUGUCCCAUGAUUCGACUCACAACUGCAUAUCUUCUUCUGCGCCCUUUUUUUGUGCCCAAAGAAUCCUCACCGGCGAGUCCAGACUUUCUUACGCCAGGGAACUGGAUUCUUGAAGAGCCAACUUCGUCUGUGAUUCAAGGCGCUUUGCCGUCUUACCCACAGGAGCUCAACGAUGCAUUACAUCCUCAUCUACAGCUUCAUCGAAGCAUGGUUCCCAUACCAAAACUUGACCCUGGUGAUUACCUUGUCUGGCACUGCGAUACCGUCUACGCCCUUGAUCGUCUCCGUCGCCCAGGCAUCCCUCCUACAACAAUCAUAUAUCUUCCAGCCUGUCCAUUAACUCAGACAAAUGCCCUAUAUCUUGCUCAUCAGCGCAAGGGGUUUCUGCAUGGGGAAGCCGGCCCUGACUUUACUGGCGCCCCUACGGGGGAUGCCAAUGUAGGAGGAGAGCAGGCCGUUAGAGAGGUUGGUGAGGCAGGCGGUUUAGACGGCAUGCGUGCAAUGGGGCUAUUACCCUGGGAUGAGGACGAAGCUCAAGAUGACCUUGAGUAUGCAGUAUUGGAAAUGGCAAAUGGGGUAUUAUUUCCAGAAAAGUAUGACGGGACGUACUGA